CGAGUAUUUCCAGGGCCAUCUGUAUUAUCGCUAACACAUGCUGGCGGAAUAACCUUGGAUGAGGUGUGUGAAUUUUGGAGCUGAGAUAAAACUAUCAUACUCCCGUGAUACAUUGUUUUGAAUAAUUAAGAGGCGCUGAGCCACUUACCGGACCUUUAAAACAAUGCCGGAAAUAUUGGAAGAAGACAAACGUAUCGUCGCUCUUUCGGCCCUCCUAGAAGAGGAUCGGAGCUCUGGCAACCUAAUUGAGCGCGCGCAACUCUUCCUGAACAAGGAGCUGUGGCGACCCGCCCUCGAGGAUGCCAAGGCCGCCCUUGUUUUAGACACCACUUCCGUCCCAGCUUACAUUGUUGCGGGAAAGGCGGCGCUGAAAUUAAAAAGGUUUGAAGAAAGUUACAAUUACUACAAAGAGGGAUUGGAGCUUGACAGUAAGAAUAAAACAAUUAUUGAGGAUUUCAAAGUUUUGCAAAAUGAGAUUGUGACUGAUUACGAUGAGAGGGCACAGCAUAUUCCAGAGAAGAAAUACAAAGCGGUAGAACUUUGCUCACAGGAUGUUUACCCAGGUGAUGAUGAAUUAUUCAAGCUGGAAACUGACAUUCUUCUGAAGAAAUACAAAAUUGACGUCAACGACGUAAUAAAACCUACUGAUGUGACAAUAUCCAGGCGUAAAGAGGCGGCCUCGUUCGGCGUAAUGGCGUAUAAUGCACAGAAGGACAAACGACUCGAAGAGGCUCUGCAAUGCUGCCACGUGGCCUUGGGAAAGGACCCGACCAACUAUCGUUUGCUGCACAUGCGUGCGACUGUUUUCGAGGAUCUGGACGAAACUGCGCAUGCGCUGCGAAACCUAUUCAUGAUUCCGAAACCUUUCCGCUUUAUUGAGGCCUGGAAACUGGGAGGUAAGCUCCUUAAUAAACUCGACCUGCCAGUGCUAGCGGAGUUCUGGCUGCGUAAGGCGACGGCCAUGGUUCCAGAAGCAAACCGGCAUACCGACCUGGAUUCCGCCACACUAUUCCAGCAGGUGCGCGUCAAACGAAUAUACGGCCCGCUCACCAAAGAAUGUCCCGUUAAAGUGGCCUUCACUGAUUACGGCAGGGCUGUGAUUGCUACAGACAACCUUGAACCAGGAGAGAUUGCGUUUGAUGACAUCCCUGUCGUGGUGGGCCAGUUACUAAGUUGUAUCCACCUUCCGGCGUGCGCAAAUUGCGGCGCUUCUCUGAUCACUGCGAAGGACUUCUUCGGUGCUAAGUACAACACACUUCCGCCUGAGCUGCGCGCUUUUGCAGACGAGCAUUGGCCUAAUGUUAAAGGCUUCCCGUGUCGGAAGUGUGAUAAGGAGAUUUACUGCACAGUGUCCUGUAGGGAGGAGGCGUGGAGUCGGUACCACCAGAUCGUCUGUCCAUCCGUCAACCCGGCCGGAAAUGACCUCUACGAUCUCAUAAAAAACAAAGGUCAAGGUCAAAGCGAGAAGGGAAAGUGGCAGGACCUGUGGGUGGGGCAGUACAGCCCAAUCGUCCUUGUGAAGAUCUGGGCAAUGAUUGUGGCCGAGGCGAAACGGCUGAUAAAGGAGAGGGGCGUCGAUAAACCAGACAUGGAGAUAUGGGCUCGGGCGAAGAUGCCCUUUAGGAAAUUCAUCUCGUUUGGAACGAUAUCUGCCACCCAGAAGAUGCCGGAAGUGUUCAAUCUCAUGAACCGCUUGUUUUCAGAAUGCGGCGAAGUCAGCUAUCCAAUCAGCGAGGCGGAGUUUGAGGCCCGAUAUUACCAGGCAACGUGCAACCUUCAGGCGUUCUCCGCUUCAAAAAGUCCCGGGACAGAUUUUAUCGAAAACAUUUCUGAAACUGAAGAUAUUCGCACCCUUGCCAUGUUAAAAUUCUUAGAAGAAAAUUCAAAAAAUGCGACGGUGUCGUUUGCCGGCAUGUUUCCCUUGCACGCUUGUCUUAAUCACGCGUGCAAUAAUAACGUCGAGGUGACAGACGGGUUUGCGCAGGGAAGGCCUGCUGUGCACGUGCACGUCAGACAACCAAUCAAACCUGGGGAAGAGUUAUUCACUACCUACAUAGAUACCGCCAUGCCAAGGAAGUUGCGCCGGGCGUGGCUUUACAAAUCGUUCAGUUUCUGGUGCAUCUGCAAGCGCUGUCAAUUUGAAGGCGACGAUAACAGCACGUGUACAGAGUGUAAGGCUCCAGCAGCAGACGGUAAGAAGUUACCCGGAUGUAGCCGGUGUAAGAGGGCGUGGUAUUGUUCCGGCACGUGCCAGAAAAAAGCCUGGAUGAGAGGUCACAAGGACAUAUGUAGCUUGGAUCACACAUCAGUUCAUAAGAGGAUUACGGAAAACUAAAACUCAAUAGCCAGCAUUACUGAUAUUGCAACAGAUUUGUAGAUCGUAAACGAUUUGAAGAUCGUAAACACACAUUCGGACUUCACCUAUUACUUAAAAAUGCUUGAAUUCCACUAUGAUUAAAUGACUAUGUAUUUAACAGGUAUCCACGGCACCCAGUGUAGUCGUAACAUAUAUGAUACCCUGUGCAUAUUGGUUAGGAUAACAUCGUAAAGCUCGAAUAUUUAUAAGCAUUUUCCGAAAGCAAUAUUUGCUGAUAACAAAAAGAAAAGAAAAAAUCUCCUUUGUAAAGAGCCAACAACAAAUUUGACAUGAUAUUUGAUGUCCUGCUUAUAAUAAUCUGAAAGCGGCGAUUUCAUUAGCUCAUGCAGAACUGAGAUUAACUACUCGGCCAUUUCCGAAACACAUAACGUGUCAUUCGGAACUCCUCGGCCAUUUUUAUCGAAAACAACAUCGGAUGUAUUUGAACGGUUUACAUACCCAAAAGGCGGCACCUUUAAGUCCGCUGCAAGUAGAUCGCGUAGUAGUUGUAUUUAGCAGUUAAACUUUAUGACUUAACAUGACUCUUUGGAAUCGUAAUUUCGCUUGCAAUAAUACACUUCACUGUCAAUCAAUACAACUCAAAAACACUACAUUCAUUUAAUGACAUAAUUUAGAAUAAUAAAUAAAAAAAAUAAUAAUAAUUUAAAAUAUUACGAACUACUUCAACUGAUGUACCGGCAUACAUCCGAGGUUGUUUUCGAUAAAAAUGGCCGAGGAGCUCCGAAUGAUAAGGUUGGAUGCCGAGGACGGUAUUAAGGUACUUCUGACUUUACCUCAAAUCAGUUACUCCAAUGAACUGUUAUAUAUUUUUCGUGUAUACCAUUGUCAGAUUUAAGGGCCUUUUGCCAAUUUUAAACAGUUACAUGGUACGGGCUUGAUAUGCCUUCAAGCAUUGUUGUUGCAUUACAAAGUAAUGUUGUUUGUUCUACCACUAAAUGAUAUUUAAAGUAAAACAAAAUGAAACGUG